AUGGCGCUGGAUUAUGAUCAGUCUUACAAGUCUCUCUUCCAGGCAGGCCUCGAGGUUCCUCGCUAUGUAGUCAACAGCUAUCGAUGGUGGGAGGACGAGGCGAUGACGGUCAUGUGGGCCUUCAACGUGGCCGAGAUAAGCCUGGUGAUUCGCUUUUCGCUGUAUCAGAUGGGGGACUUACCGCGGGAAAUGUUGCGCCGGCGUAAUGCCAGCGCCAUCGAUACUUUCUUGCACAACCUGGCUGACCCGAGAGAGCAGCAGCUCCUCAGCACCCUCUCCCAUGCGCAGCGGGUGGAGGAAAUCCUGCGUCGGUCGACAGUGCAGGCUCAGGAUCCGGUGCCAUGGGGCUGGUUCCCGCCAUUGCCUGGGCACGGGCUGGAGCCCAAAGCCAUCGCUCUGGCAAUCGAGACAGAAAGCCACUUCCACUUCAAGAGAAUUGCCUUCGAGGAGCUGGUGAGGAUCUCUUUGGGAUACUCUGCACCAUCGGUGGAAUGGUUCAUGUCCCAGCAUACUGCGUUCUAUUGUUACCUGAAGGACCAUCUGAAAGCUUAUCCGGACGAGUUCCCCCUUUACAUGGAAGUGGAGAAGCAGCUCCACAUGGUCUCAGGAUUCAUUGCCGGCCCUAUCCAGCAACUUUUCCGAAGCCAGCCUCCGAGUUUGAUUCCUAUCCUAAAGGUAUUUAGCGUGUUGGCGGUACGAUUCCGCCGGCUAUACGUCCAUGUCCCCAAAAUGAACUGGUAUACUCCGUUCGAUACUUCUAUCCAGUUCUUGGAAGAUUUUCUCGGCUCGACAUCCACAAAUGAUCUCGCGCGCAGUAUGACUGCAAACGACGAGAAAGAUUUCUCUAGGUUGACCUAUGACAGCCUCCUCUCCGAAGACGCCUACGUGAGGCAGCUUCUUGCCAAUUGGCACAAUUUGAGCAUCGCUGUUUGGGAAUGCUGCUCAGGAUUACCGUACUCCAUCCCCUACCUGCGGGACUGUGCGCAUACCCUCUACUCUAGACGGAACUACCAUUCCCUGACGGCAAUGCUGGAAGGUAUCCACCGAUACUCCAUUUCCACUGCCCAAUCCCGCGGCCUCAACAGUACCCACGGCGGCAUGGUCGUAGUCGACCCCGUGGUCUUCCAAGACGCCGUCUUACUCCGAAGGCCAGACGACAACUACGCUGCCUACCGCCAACAUUACGCCGUAUACCCCGGCGUCCCAUUCUCCUCCCCAUCUCCGCGAGAGCCAGAAGUUUGGCCCGGGAGCUCUCCAGCCUUUGCUAGAAUAUCUGCAGAUCACUUUCUGAGAUCACUUUCUGAGAUCAUUUUCUCAGGAACGCAAGACCCUCCGUUCCGGGACCGGUGA